AUGGAGCUCACGAACAUCCAACGUGCCAUCGUCGGCAACGGCGUCGGCGAUGGCACCCCCGUGUACGAGCUCCCAAGCUGGACUUUGCUCGUCCUCCUCGUCGAUCUCAUCAUCCUCGUCCCCGUCUACCUUGUCGUGAGUUUACUCCUCAUCCUCGCCCUUCUCCAUUUCUUCUUCCUUCGCCAUGACCUCUUCUCCGGUGCCCUUCUUGUUUGCCGUCGCCGCUUGCACACUGCCCUGGGAAAACCUACUGACGAAUCUCUCCUUAAGCUCAACUACACGUUCAAGGCCGUCUAUCCCGUCUUCGCCAUGGUUGAGAACGAGAACCCUCCCGCCUACGAACCCGUGGCCAGCCUCGACGAGGAGUCACCCGCUGCCGCCAGUGAGAUUUCCCAGCCGCAAAAACCCGCCGUCGGAGACUCCCGCGCCGUCACCUCGUCCAUGCGGGCCAUCAACCGCCUCCUCAGGGCCUCCGGUGGCUUCUUCGCCAACUUUCGCGGCCUCAGCUGCGCACUCGCCCAAUCUGUCACAACCUCCGCCCUGAUGAGCGUCUUCGCCGGCGCCCUCGGUCGUCGCUUCACCCCCGUCGCCAACCUCCUCGCCGCCCUCGCCCUCGUUCAGCUCAGUACCGCCUGGGUUCACAUCGUCAUCUCCGAGCCUUCGCCCAGCCACUUCUGGCAGCGCCUCCCACCCUUCAAGCGUACCUUCCAUGCCACUUGGAGGCCCGUCACCUGCUACUGGUUCGCCGCCGAGCUGUCUCGAUGGAUUCCUCUCGGCCUGGCCGCCGCCAUGGGUCUACGCAUUCCUAAUAUGAACGGCUGCAAGCACCUGAACAUGGACGAGCUCAACGGCGCCUUCGUCGCCAAGGGCGCCGUCAUCAUGCUCAUCACCGUCGUCUGCUCCCUGUUCGUCAUGAUCCCCGCCAACGUCAUCCUCGUCCGUGUCCAGGCCUCGCUGCUCCCCGUCGAUGCCGACACCACCAUUCCCUUUGACCGAUCCUUCGGGGGCAAGGUCGAGCCCGUCGUCGUCAGCGGCGUCGGCUACGUUUCCAUGACCGAUGCCUGGGCCACCUUUAGCAAGGCCGCCUGGCGCCGCCUCCUUCUCCUCUACGUCAAGAUUUUCUUCGUCACCAUGACCAGCCUGCUUCUCAUCGCCACCCUCCUCGUGCCCCAAGCCAUCAUGCUGGCCAGGCACUCAACCCGCGUGGACUGA